AUGGCAAGCGAACAGGGCGCUGGCGGAGGUAUUGAGAGCAAUAGGAGGCACCUGUCGACCUCGACCCGUGCUAGCACCGACAACGAGCCGACCCCAGAGACAGAAACCCAAGCAGCAAACAUGAAGCCUGCUCAGCAGCCCGAGAGGAGUCACAGUUCAUUCCAGGCGCCGCAGGGCCUUCCGCGGGGAGUCUACCCUCCGUCUACCACCGCCACACCCACACCCACGGCAGGCCUCCCCAUGUCAAGGGCAGCCUCCAGCAGUUCAAGCAACUCGAGCACACCACCCUCAACGAGCGCCGAGAGUUACUUUGGAAAUGCACACACCACCAGGUCCAGGCCAGCACUUCCCUUGGAACCCCCAGUCACCAAGGCAACAUUGAGCGAACUCGACGUGUCCAAGAUCAUUCACAAUCCCAAGCUGCGUCAUGAUAUCAACUUUGAUCCCGAACUUCAUUUCAGACCCAACGUGGACGGAGACAAGGGCAGGAGGAAGGAGGUCAAGGCCGAGCAUUUCUGGGCUACCUUGCAAGAACAACUGAUCAUGUUCGUCAUGGACCGUGAGGGCUUCUAUGCCAUCCAUGGCGAGAACGACGACUGGUGCCUUCCCCAGCUUCUUCGAACCGUCAAGGAUAUCAUCCAGACACUUGUGCCCGUGAGGGACCGAGUCUACUUGGACGAAGGCCUGAACGUGGAGCUCCUGAUGCAGCAGUUUAACAAGGGUAUUGCUGAUCUCGAGAAGCUGGCAUCCUGGCUCUCUCGCGUGCUCAAGUCUCACUGUGCUCCCAUGCGCGACGAGUGGGUCGAUAGGAUGUACGAGAAGCUCAGCAACGGCAAUCGAAACAACGACAUGGGUGAACUGUUCUGGGUGUGUAUGCGCCUGUACGACGAACUGGAGAGGGUCAGCCGCACUGUCAACUCCCUGUCCAACGGAUUCCCGUCCCAUUUGGAGGAGGAGCCCGUCAUCUCGAGGACAUCGAGCCCUUUCGACUUCAACUUCAACACGCCUCCGGCGUCUGGAUCGCGGCCUUCAAGCCUGGCUUUCAGCUCGGCUGAUUCGAUCACGUCGUCUCCUCGCUCGUCUCUCGUGCUCCCCAGCCAAGCCAUCCCAACCUCCGAUCCAAACGAGUCCCAGGCCAAGGCUCGCAAGCUCUACAACUCGCUCGUCGCCCUCAUUCAAACAUCGCCGCCAACCUCCCGCCACGAGUCUCGAUGGGCCUCGAUGGCUCCGUCCCUGGCCAUUCAGAUCUUUCGGUUCACCAAUGCCCCUUCAGAUAUGCUGCCCGCGUUCGAGGCUAAGCUUCUUGCACACGUCACGGAUGUCCACGGCUCCCUUUUCCGCGAAGUAGAGGAUCACUUCAACGCUCGCCUCUUGACCGAUCUUCAACGCCGCAUGCGCGAGUACCGAGGCCUCAACGGCGUCGCUCUGUUCUCUGUCGCUACAGGCAGCCGAGGCCCUAGCUCUAGCCGCGCGUGGGAUGCCAGCUCAGCGGAUGGAUCCGGUCGCGACGCUGCUGGUGUUGAGGAUAUGGCCACCAGACUUGCGCACCUUGGUAUACUACACUGGCGCGUGUGGGCACAGUUGGCGUAUGCUGGUGAGGCUGCGGGCGACUUCGAGUGCGACAUGCAGUCGAACCAGAUUUAA